AUGGUCUUCACCUUCUCGUUAGACAAGUAUACCAACAAGUAUGUGCCUCGAAGCCAGGUCCAUCACCUUCCUGGACCUCUUCGGCGUGUCUUGGGUGGAUAUCCAGCUUCAGCUACUCAUGACUACUUUAUAUGGUUGGAGAUCCUAGUGGCAUCCUUCUGUGGUAUAGCCCUUUUGGCUGGAGUGUUUCAGAACCAUACUGUUUUCACCAAACACGAUGCCAACAACGUCAUAGCGCUGUAUGCUGCUACAGCUAUUCUUUGUUUUAAUGCUUCUCAGGUGCCGUUGGCGCAACCGAGGAAUAUAUUCAUGGGCCAUUUCUUGUCUUCGGUUAUUGGCAUUUGCAUCCAGAAACUCUUUUUCCUUUCUUCAGGAGGCCGUGACAACUCGUGGGCCUCGGCUGCCCUUAGUGUGGCUGUUCUGUCGGUAGCAAUGUCUAUCUGCAAUUGCGUUCACCCUCCUGCUGGUGCCCUGGCCAUGCUUCCUCUGAUUGAUCAACAUGUGAGGAAUAUGAGCUGGUGGUACUUGCCAGUGCAGCUUGUGUCGCUGGUGUUGAUUAUUCCUGUUGCUUGUAUAUUUGGAAACAUCUUUAGAAGGUACCCUGUUUACUGGUGGACGCCUUCUGAGUGUGGACGCUUCUGGGAGAAAGAGUCCGAGAAGCCUGCGGAGACUGAACAGACAGAAAGCACUAAGGAGGUUGUUGAGACAUCCCUGGAAUCCCCAGAAGGCGCUGCUGCUUAUUCGCCUGAACGUGGUCCAGAUACCACUUUGGCGCCAGUUGCAUCUCACUCCAGCUCUGCUAGUCGCUGGUCUCAUCAUCCUUUGGGACACACAGAGUCAAGAAGAACAAUAGACGAAGGAUCUCAUAGCAUUGUUCGUAUUCCAGGGCUUCGAAAGAUAGAGAUCACAGCAAGCGAGAUCUUGGUACCUGCUGAAUUGGAUCUCGAUGAUAUCCUGUUUGACUGGCUUAGGUCCAUGAGAAUGGAGCUCCGUCAGUUUGAGCCUCACCACCUCAGCGCCGUUUAG